AAAGAGUCCACCACUGGAAUUAAAAUCAUAAGAAAUGGCGACAAAUAUACCUUUUUUGUCCUUUUUUUUCACAUUUUCAGAGCUCCUUUUCUACUUCAGUUGGUGAGGUUGGUAAAGGAUCCAAGCAGAUGAAUCGAGUGAUGAGAUUCAGAUAACAAAAUUAGACCUUCUUCUUCGGCGAAUCACUCUUUUCAACAAUUCACACACAAAAUAUGGCUGAAUAUGAGCUGAAUUUAUAGAUAUCGGUAUUCGAAAGGCCGAGAAAAGUGAGAGAAUAUUAAUGGUUUCUUCAAAAGGUAAUAUACAUAUAUAUACAGAGAGAUAGAGAUAUGAAGGAGCUGUUUGGAAGCCCAGGGAGAAAAAGUGGGCUGAUAUUGAGGAUUGGGCAGUGUGUGUCAGCAGCUGCUUCAAUUGGGGUCAUGGCCUCUGCUUCUGGCUUCUCAACUGCUACUGCCUUUUGCUACUUGAUUGCAUCGAUGGGGCUUCAGGUUUUGUGGAGCUUUGGACUCAUGUGCCUAGAUGUACAUGCUUUGAGGUUCAACAAGGACCUGCAUACCAACAUCAUUGUGAGCCUGUUUGUCGUCGGUGACUGGGUGACUGCUACUCUAUCUCUUGCAGCUGCUUGCUCCUCGGCCGGUGUUAUGAUGCUCUUCAUUAGAGAUACAAGUAUCUGCAAUGAUGAUUUGAAUUUGUCAUGCGAUAUGAUCCAGAUAUCCAUAGCUUUUGCUUUUGCGUCGUGGUUUCUUCUUGCCAUAUCUUCUUAUAUCAUGUUUUGGCUUGUGGCAUCAAUCUAGGCAGUUUCUCUUUGACACCCAUCAUCACCAUGACCGGAUGCUCGUAGUGUCAGUGUGUAUAUUGUCAAUUUUGGAAAGAGCUUUGUAAGAAGCAAUUCACAUUUUCUUUUCUUUGCUUUUUUACCAUUUGUGAACCUCAAACCUUCCCUGAUGAUUAGGGGAGAGAUUCGUUUGUAAGGUCAAAUAUUGAGUAAUUCUUGGGCUAUAUAUAUCAGAUCUGAAGCUUCACCUCCAUGGGAUUUAUGGAA